CGAGGGUGAAAAGACUGAUGAUGAUGAUGGUGAUGAUGAUGGAAUAUUGGAGCACUGUGUUGUAGAGUAAAUGUCUUUCAACAAACAUUUUAGUAUGUUCCAGAGAGCUUGCGUCCUCUCAUUGGCCUGUUCCAAUAUUCUGCAAAACGCCGCAGAGCACCAUUGGUCUGUUCCAACGUGCUUCUCCAAUUUUUAUUGGCUCUCCCGUUGCCAUCCCAUUGCUGUCCCAGCACCCUGCCACACUUCUGACUUACAGCAUUUGAAUGUUUUCCAAACUGGCAUCUCCAUAUUCCAGGCCAGCACCUGUGAGGGUGAGUCAUGCUGUCCUGCAGCAGGUGUCACUGUGUUCUGCUGUUACAGCUGCUGACAGUCAUAGCUGGUUCUUUUCCUUCAGUAAAGCUGAAUCUUCAUGAUGAUGCUACUCUCCCCUGCACUCAGACAUGUUCUGGUUUGGUCACAUGGACUUUAUAUCAUAAACCACAUGACGUACUGGCUCAGUGUAACCAGACAUCCUGCCAGUCAGAGGAGGGAUUUCACAUGUCCCAUGAUCAGUACCUGAAGGGAGAUCUCUCCCUCACCAUCACUGAUGCUGAUUACACUAAGAGGUCCUUGUACACCUGCGCCUGUAAAGGUCAAGAGCUCUGUGAUGUGAGUCUACAGAUAGAGGCCUGUAAUUCUUCAGUUCAGAUUAAGCCUGGUGAACCUCUGGUGCUGGAUUUGCUCAUAUCAGAGUCAGUGGAGGUGAUUUAUAACAGCACAGGUGCAGCUGCUCCCUCUAGUGGACAGAUCUGUACAGUGGCUGGACACUCACUGAAGUGUAAACCUGAAUACACUCAGAGAGUGUUGCUUAUCUCUGCUGUGGAGCUGCAAGGAACCACACCAUCUGAUAGUGGAGUUUACAUCAUCAGAGACACUAAGCAUGAAGAGAUUAUACAGACAUACACAGUUACUGUGGAAGAAGUCCAGCCAUGUCCAGAUCAGAGCUCAACAGUGACGGUGUUGACGGUGCUCCUGGCUCUGACAGGGGCGGGGCUUGUGGCAGGAGGGCUGGUGAUUGUGCAGCUGAAGAAAAAAAAUUCAGCAGCUCCAGAAAGGAAGUACAGUGAAUGGAACAGUUACCAUCAUAAGAGAGGAGUUAAUACGAAUGGACUAAACCACUCAGAUGAAGAGCAGAGGGUAUCUCCCAUGAAAAAGUCUGAGAGAUGAUAAAUGAUUUUGCUCUCUUGUGUAUACACACACACACACACACACACACACAAACGUGCCCACCGAGCCUUGGCCGAAGAGUACCAAUGUGCCCCACAAGGACCAUAAAGAGGGCAGUUGGGUGGAGCCAACGGGAUCUCUGGGCUGGUGCAGGGCUGGUGCCAGAGUCCCUUCCCUUCUGUGGACUCGCCAGCAAGACUGGAGGGGUCUGCCCAAAGCCUCGGAGGUAAUUGGUCUUUGGGGCUCUCCAAGAGCAGUGAAGGAGAGGAGGACCAUUCGGGGGAGCAGUAUGUGUGGAACUGGGCGGACUUGCCCAAGUGCUGCAGGGCAAGGGGCAGGAUGCGCGG